UCGGGCGGUUCAUUCAGUCUCAGUUCUGUUCAGUUUCAGUUCAGUUUCGGCUCGGCCCGUUUAGUCGCGUGUGUGCAACGCUUCGAGUCGGUGGUCGGAUCGUGGCUAUAUAGCUGGCCCCUCUCUAUAUCUCGAUCAUGUGAUUACGAUCGGUCCGGCAGCUGUGAAGACAACAUCUGUGUGCUCCGUGGCCGUAUCUCUAUAGCGAUUGACUCAGCGGUACACCAGCGGACAGUGGGAUCAACUGUUUUCGGGGGCGUACGAUGCCGAUUGCGAUGCUGCCCCUACGUGCUCUUGUCUGUCUCUUUUUGCUCGUCACGCUGGCCAGCUCAGCGCGGGCCAUUACCUGCUACGAAUGCGAUUCCGUCAAUAACCCCGGGUGUGGGGAGCAAUUCGCGAGCGAUGACAUAGCCACAACGGACUGCGAAGUGGUGGCGGACUUGCGAGCCCCAGGAACGGAACCUACCUGUCUGACCAAGUAUCAUGAGGGAGUGCCUGGACAGUCGCGUUUCGUGCGUCGCUCCUGCUACUACGGUGACUCCUCGCCGGCUGGCAUGAACUGUGACGAACAGCCGGAUCCUGUGGUGCCGUUCCUCACCUUUCUGGGCUGUACACUAUGCAACACUGAUCUGUGCAAUGCAGCGCCCAGGGGAAUCGCUGUCCCCGUGUCCCUAUAUGCUGCUCUUUCCACGUUUGGUUUGCUUGUAUUACUUACCAACUAACGACCAGAGAAUACUCUCUCUUCUUUUCAAAGUGUCCUAUAUUACACGAUAUAAACCAUAGUAUUGCAUAACAUAUAUCCUCAAAACACAUCAAAUGCGAUGUAUCCUAUAUACAAAACUAACCAGCUAAGAAUUGAUUAGAUACAAUGUAGUUUUUUUUUUUUAAUUUUCAUUUUAUUUGAUUUUGUUUCCGUUGGUUUUUUAUACAUCCACUAAAAUGAUUUAACAUACAUAUAUAUUUAUAAUAAUAAUAUAAUUAUUCUGUUUGAUUUUAAUAUAAUUUAUUUACUGAAUAAAUUUUCUCGUCUCCUCUUAUUUAUCUUCGUGUGUGUAUGUAGGCGUGUUUAUUGUAAUUAGACUUUAUAAAUUACAAAAUAUGCAUAAAUUAAAUAAAAAUAAAAAUAACACA